AACUUUUCCGAGUUAGAUUUUAAUUUCAAUUUUCAAACAGUUUUAAUUUUUCAGAGCAAUGCAUUAGAUUCUGAAAGUUUAUUUGUAAAUGUUUCUAAUUCUGAUUUUGCAAUUAUAUUUGGAAAUAAUACUAAAUUUUCCUAUUAAAUGGAAAAAUUAAAUUUAACUAUUCACCCAGCUUUAUCUUCGGUACUGCUUAAAAAAUUAACCAAAAACUGUAUAAACACAAUCGCAGAUUUUCUUAGAGAAGAUGUUGAAAACAUUUCAAAAAUUACAAAAUUAGAUGUAGCUUGUAUAUUUGAUAUAAGAGAUAUUAUUUUUAAAAACUAUUCUGCCCCAUCAGUCUCUGGGACUACUUUACAUGCCAAAUAUUUAACUCAAAACAGGUAUCUGGAAACUGGUAUUAAAAGAUUAGAUACAAUUUUGAAUGGGGGUAUUCCAAUUGGAUUUCUAACUGAAGUGUGUGGCUUAGCCGGUUCCGGUAAAUCUCAGUUUUGUAUGCAACUAGCAAUUAACAGUGCAAAGCUGUCUCAUUCUGUAAUUUACAUUGAUACAAAAGGAGAUUUUUCUGCAGUUAGAAUACAAAAAAUUUUAGAAGCUCAUGGGCUAUCACACAAGGAAAUGGCAACUAUCAUGCUGAAUAUCAAUGUAGUGCAAAUUUUUUCAAUGACUGAUCUAAUAAGUUUAUUAGAAUGUAUAAAAACUAAAAAAAUAGUUUUUGAUAGAUUAUCUCUUGUAAUAAUAGAUUCACUACCGUGUUUAAUGUUCCAGCAUUUUGGUGACAGUAAUAAAAUUGGUUUGAAGUUUCUUAACAUGUUUGUAAACCUUGCUCGAUGUAUUAGUAAUGAAUUUAGAACAUGUUUUAUAUGUGUUAAUAUUGAAACCAGGUGGGUUGAUCAAGAACAAGUACUAGAUUUAGAUGAUGAGGAUGAUACUUUAGGAGAACCUGCUUAUUUCGAAAUAAAAAAUAGGUGUUUGGGAAAGUACUGGCGACAUAUUCCUGUGCAGGUGUUAUCACUUCAAAAAGCAUUUCAAUCAAAUACAAAAAGUUGCAUAGAUAUAAAUGUAAUAGCUGAAAAUUAUAAUAAUCCAUGUUCUAAACUUCAGUGUCAAAUAUCAAUAAAUUGUGCGGGAGUAUUUUAAAUAAUUUGUACAAUACGUAAUCAUGUUUGAAUUGCCCUGUCUGUAGAUUUUAAAAUCUCUGUAAUUUCAAUGUGUACAUAUUUUCAUUGAAUGAUAAUUACUCAUUGAAUUGGUCUAAUGAAAAAAAGUUGCAAUA